CUCUGGGAGGGGCCUGGGGCCAGUCUGAGAAGCACUGUCCUCUCGCUUCAGUUCUGCCAGGGCGGGCGUUGCCAGGGGCAGCCUGGGUGGUGCCCGGCUGGCCCUCUCCCCCAUAAAGAGCUCCCAGCCGGGCAGGGAGCGGAGCUGGGCAGGGAUGGAGCGGAGACGGGUCACCUCCGUUGCUCGCCGCUCCUUUGGCUCUUUCCUCUCCUCUUCGGAGAUGGCCCUGGGGGGCCUGCACCCCAGCCGGCACUCGGGGCCCGGCACCCGCCACUCCUCGGCUCGAAUGCCGCCUCCGCUCCCGGCCCGAGUGGAUUUCUCCCUGGCCGGAGCACUCAAUGCCGGCUUCAAGGAGACACGGGCCAGCGAGCGGGCCGAGAUGAUGGAGCUCAACGACCGCUUCGCCAGCUACAUCGAGAAGGUGCGCUUCCUCGAGCAGCAGAACAAGGCGCUGGCUGCCCAGCUGAACCAGCUGCGCGCCGCCGAGCCCACCAAGCUGGCCGACGUCUACCAGGCGGAGCUGCGGGAGCUGCGGCUGCAGCUGGACCAACUCAGUGCCCACAGCGCCCGGCUGGAGGUGGAGAGGGACAACCUGGCACAGGACCUGGGCACCCUGAGACAGAAGCUCCAAGAUGAAACCAACCUGAGGCUGGAGGCUGAGAACAACCUGGCGGCCUAUCGACAGGAGGCAGACGAAGCCACACUGGCCCGGCUGGACCUGGAGCGGAAGCUGGAGUCUCUCGAGGAGGAGAUGCGGUUCCUGAGGAAGAUUCACGAGGAGGAGGUGCGGGAGCUCCAGGAGCAGCUGGCGCGGCAGGAGGUGCAUGUGGAGCUGGAUGUGGCCAAGCCAGACCUCACGGCAGCCCUGAGAGACAUCCGCAUGCAGUAUGAGGCAGUGGCGUCCAGCAACAUGCACGAGGCGGAGGAGUGGUAUAGGUCCAAGUUUGCAGAUCUGACUGAUGCCGCCGCCCGCAACGCUGAGCUGCUCCGCCAGGCCAAGCAGGAGGCCAAUGAGUACCGGCGCCAGCUGCAAGCCGCCACUUGUGACCUGGAGUCCUUGCGUGGCAUGAAUGAGUCCCUGGAGAGGCAGAUGCGGGAACUGGAGGAGCGCCACGCUCGGGAGGCGGCCAGUUACCAGGAGGCACUGGCCCGACUGGAGGAAGAAGGGCAGAACCUUAAGGACCAGAUGGCCCGCCACCUGCAGGAGUACCAGGACCUGCUCAACAUCAAGCUGGCCCUGGACAUGGAGAUCGCCACCUACAGGAAGCUGCUGGAGGGGGAGGAGAACCGCAUCACCGUUCCUGUGCAGACCUUCUCCAACCUGCAGAUCCGAGGGGGCAAAAGCACCCGCGAAGGGGAAAGCCACAAGGUCACGAGACAUCUCAAAAGCUUCACAGUACAAGUCAUACCCGUGCAGCCAGGGGCCCCAGCGGCUCUCGAAACCAGCCUUGACACUAAGGCCAUGUCGGAGGGCCACCUCAAGAGGAACAUCGUGGUGAAGACUGUGGAAAUGCGGGAUGGAGAGGUCAUUAAGGAGUCCACGCAGGAGCGCAAGGACGUGAUGUGAGCCGGCGCAGCAGCAGGAGAGGCCCACAGCAAGGGACAGGCUAGCUGCUCUCCUCUGAACGCUCAUUUCCCCUGACCUGAGAGCCCCACAGGCCGCUGCCUCAUCUCUGUGCCCGACGUCACCCACCCUACACCUAGCCACUCCAACUAACAGGGAUUGACCCCAAAGAAGUGAUGUGAAGCUUGGUUAGCACUGGGAAGGAAGAGUUGGAAGGGGAAGGGGAAGCUCGAAAAAUUCCCUCUACAUCCCACAUCCCUGUUGUCAUAGCAACUGUUGCCAGACCAGACAUCUCUGCGGGUCUCUGGGAGCUCCCUCAGGUGGCUGGAGGAAAACAGAGGCUCAGACAGGAAGUGGGAGGCAAGGGAGUCCUGGCCAAGGUGGAUGAUUCCAGAUUCACCCUCAGACCACAGGCUCACAGAUUCCUGAGGUUCUCAGCCCUGCCUGGCUGGGGGCUGCUGCAGUUCUCAGAAUGCGCUUGCUUCUCAGCUCUUAGUGGGUCAGAAGUCUAAGUGGACAGGGAAGGGUUCUGGGAUUACUGGGGAUGGCAAUGCCUGACCCCUACAAAGGGUACUGAGAGGCCCAGGGAGGGCUCCUCCAAUAGGCAGGAGGGGGCAAAGAGAGAUGGCAGCGCAGUAGGUGCCAGAUGUCAGAGAGGGAGGUGGGGAUGGGAUUCAGGAAAGGAACUGGUCGUCUGAGGGAUUCUAACAGGAAAAAAUGGGUUGUUGUACCCAGGACAGGGCACAUUGUACCAACCCCACAGCCCUUCUACGCUGGAGCCCCGCCCACCCACCCUCAGCCCCGCCUUUCUAUGAUGGAGCCCCGCCCACCCACCAGAAGCCCCACCCUUCUGUGCCAGAAUCCUGCCCACCUACCCAGAGUCCCGCCCUUAUAUGCUGGAGCCCCACCUUCCAUGCUGGAGUCCCCUCCCAUCUGGACACUGAACCCAGCAAGUAGUGUUGGGAGUGGAGGGCAGCUAUCCUCAGGACGCUGCUGUCCCUAAAGCCCAGGAUCCCUGUGGUCCCCUCUCACUCGGAUGUGAAAUAGGUCCCCGUGUUUUGGGGACAUGCUCUGUUAGAGCUGCAGGCACGGGCUUGUGUUGCUGCAGCCUGUUCGUUCACACAAAACACCUGCUCUGCUUCGCUCAGGAAGACGGGGGAAGGGUGCUGAGAUCACCUACGUAGGAGACUCCUCCCUGGGCUGAGACCAGAAGAGGAAGAAGAGGGGGUUCCCUUUCCCAAGCUUCAGGCCCUUUACCCACAGCCCAUCCUGGCCUCCCACUAUUCCCCCCAUUGCUGCCUGUAGUCACUGAGGAAAAAUAAAGCCCAGCGCUGUGGCCUUGG